AUAUCGAUAUAUAGCACUAAACAGUGAGCUUUGGUCAUCGUUUUGCACUUUUAUUAUUAUUUUUCUUUAUCGUGUGGAAAAUCGGCGACCACAGGGCUACUGUCGCUCCUCGAAGGCUCGAAGUCUAAGGAUACGAUUUGGGUUUGUGUUUGGGAGAUUAGCUUCAGUUUCAUCAGGAGCAGCGCCGAAAAGAUUACAAGUCUGAUCAACGUACUUGAGUAUGAUACUAAGCGGAUGCUCCCCGCUCUCUGGGAGCGUUGUAAUGAAUUAUAAGAAAUGUAACACCAGGUCUUCUUACUCAGCUUCUACCAGUGUUCCUUGUUUGCCUGCCAAAGUUCCAUCCUCUAGCAUUAGGAGUUCAUGGGGACCUCGUCAAUUAAAAUCCUUAUCUUUUGGAGGACCUGCACAUCUGCAUAUUUCUGCUGCAUCAAUGCCACUUUUAAGUGGUGAUCAAGGUGGCUUGUCAAAUCGAAAACUCAUGCUAACCAGGCGGCGGAGAUCUUUUAUUUCCCCAAGAGCAGCAUCGAAGGAUGUUCCUUACAGUUUCCGGAAUCCUGCCGCAAUGGCGGAGAGGCCAAGAUGGUGGUGGAGGACUUUAGCGUGCCUACCCUAUUUAAUGCCCCUCCAUGAGCCAUGGAUGUUUCGUGAGACGGCAUAUCGUCUCCACCCAUUUUUUGAGAACAUAGAAUGCUUUACAUACCGUUUCAGGCUUGCUCUUUGUAGUUUUCCGAGCUGGUUUACAAUGGCAUAUUUCUUUGCUACAUAUUUUGGAGUGGUGAAGAACAAGGAAUGGCCCCAGUUCUUUAGGUUUCAUGUGACGAUGGGCAUGCUACUGGAGAUCGUCUUGCAGGUGAUGUGGACUGUAAGCAAUUGGAUGCCAGUCGCUGUAUAUUUUCCUAAGAUUGGUAUGCAUUAUUGGUCUGCUGUCACUUUUGUUUACCUUUUCACGGUUCUGGAGUGCCUGAGGUGCGCACUUUCUGGGAUGUAUGCACACAAAAUUCCGUUUGUGUGUGAUGCUGCAUAUAUGCAGGUUGAGGAUACGUUAUAUUAGGAGUGGCAGAUGAUUCUUGUGUUGAUCAUGCAACCGAAUCGGCCGGUCUUCUCCUUGCACUUGCAACAAUAUUACGAGAUCUUAUGAUACCCUACGAAGAUGAACGAUCCAUUCGAAAGUGGUAAUUCCCAUGAAUUCUCUCUGAAGAAAUUAUAGAUUAUUAUAAUUUUAUUUUAUUUUAUUUUUUUUGGGCGUAAAUUUGAUAUGGUGAUCUAUAUGACUUAUAAAGAAUUUUAGUUUUCAUAGUAGGACUUUUGUUUCCAAUAAGGUAGGCAUCUGUAUGUAAUUUGAGAGUAGGAUGCAUUAUUUGAUUUUAACAAUCAUGUUGCCGUGUGUGCUUUCUUUUUCUUGCAAGUGAGAGUGUUUUAAUAUAUAUAUAUUUUUUGAAGUUGA